AAAUAAAAAUAAUAAAGAACAAAUAAUCAAAGGGAAAGUUAAAAGUCUUCUUCUUCCUCGUUGUUCUUCCACUAUUUUCAUUUCUGUGGUUUACCUUUCAAAACCCAAAAUUCUCCUGAUCAACUUGUUCUUUGAUCUGCCAUAUUCAUUGAAGUUUCUUUAAGAUGGAGGAGGGCAAGAAGUCUGAGGAUAUUUUAACUUCGGCUGCGGCAUUUGUGGAAGGUGGAAUUCAGGAUGCUUGCGAUGAUGCUUGCAGCAUAUGCCUUGAAGCAUUUUGUGAUAGUGAUCCUUCUACUGUGACUGGUUGCAAGCAUGAGUUCCAUCUUCAAUGCAUUCUUGACUGGUGUCAGAGAAGCUCCCAGUGCCCCAUGUGUUGGCAGCCUCUCAGCUUGAAAGACCCUAACAGCCAGGAGUUGUUGGAUGCAGUAGAGCACGAGCGGAACAUCAGGAUGAAUCCUCCUAGAAACACCACAAUCUUUCACCAUCCAACUUUAGGAGAUUUUGAAUUGCAGCAUUUACCAUCAAGUGCAACAGAUUCUGAGCUUGAAGAGCAUAUCAUUCAGCACUUAGCUGCUGCCGCUGCCAUGGGAAGGACACGCCACCUUGCCAGAAGGGAAGGUCCGCGAGGUAGGUCAUCAGCUCAAGGCCGUCACCAAUUUCUGGUGUUUUCAACUCAUCCAAAUGCUCCUCCUCUUGCUGGUGCUUCAUCUUCUACUCAGAGGAGUGGGGGUGAACCCACUCCUGAAGACUUGGUAUCUGGUCAGGAUUCUGCAAUUGUUUCUGGACAGCCAGUUACUCAACCAUCUUCUUUUCAAGCUGAUCAGGUUCCUGCCUCUGGGUCAGGAUCAAAUGCUGCUGUUAAUCAGCCUGGGACUUCCUCAAUCAAUAGGACUCCUCCUCAAGCUUCUUCUAGCAAUCAAGACAGGGCCGGACCAUCAGAUUUUCAGUCUUUUUCAGAUUCUAUAAAGUCUCGAUUUAGUGCAAUGUCAAUGAGGUACAAAGAAUCUUUAACAAAGAGUUCAAGGGGUUGGAAAGAGAAAUUAUUCUCUCGUAAUAGUUCAACACCAGACCAUUGUGCUGAAUCUAGGAAUGAAGUCAGUGCAGCUGUUGCCACUGUAUCAAACCUGAUGGAGCAUUUGGAAACAACUGAUAGCAGAGCCAGUUCUGCUGAAUCAAAUAUAUCGGAGGACACAUUACCUGUCGGCCAUGCUGAGCAGCAUGCACCUGUGAUUGAUAAUACCCAUUCUUUGAAUGAGGAUAAUAGGCAAGCCCCGUGUGCUGCAAGUUCUGGUUCGAGCUAAGUUUUGAAUGACUCAUAGCACUUUCUCUUAAAGGUGGAUACUCCUGUCAACCAACAUCAGUAAUAUAUGACUGCAUUUUAUUGGAUCUGUGGUGAACGCUAGUACGUUGAAGUUCAUCACUGAAUGUAGCCUGCUUCAAUAAAAUAGGAAUAUGGAUCCCAUCACUUGGUCCAAGCCGUAUAUAUGUAUGAAAUGAUAAUAUAGAUGUAAAUUGUCCUGUUCUGGAUAGUACUGAUUAAAUAUAACUGUUUUCUUUAGAUUUUACAAGAACCCUCCUUUAUAAUCUUCCUUAAAAAUUCUUAGAUUAA